GGACUCUGGCCUGGGGGAGCCAUGAGGGGGCGCUGCCUGAGAAGCUUUUGGGUAUUCAGAUUGCUGGUACUGGGUUCGGCUGCUGGCGGGUUCUUCUGGUUUUCCUUGGUAUUUUACAGUAAUUCUGGAACAGAAGGAAACUCCCAGGCACAUCUGGAGAAGACUGCCCCUCUUCUGAUGCCCCAGAUCUGCAGGGAGAAGAAAAUUGAAACUAUUAUGAAGGUUUAUUCCCGGGACUGGAUAAAGCAAGAAGAUUACAUCACCCUACUGAGGUCUGAGCUGAACAACAAGUGCAAAGGAGUCUUCAACGCUAUUGUCACACAGACCAACUCACCAUUGGGGUCGAACAUCACGUACGAUAGUGAGGAAAGAAUUACUAAGGUGACCCCUAAGCUGUUUGACACCUUCGUGAAGGAUUCACCGUUUGUAAAUAAGACAUUCAAGACGUGUUCCGUGGUGGGAAACGGUGGAAUCCUGGCCAACAGCAGCUGUGGAGAAGAGAUAGACUCGGCCCAGUUUGUCAUCAGGUGUAACCUCGCUCCUGUGGGCAGUGGCUACCGAAGGGACGUUGGCACUAAGACGAACUUGGUAACAUCCAAUCCCAGCAUCCUCGUGGAUAAAUUUGGAUCCUUGAUGGAGCACCGUCGCUCAUUCAUGGAAAGGCUGGACACCUUUGGAGACUCUCUGGUCCUGAUGCCCACCUUCGCUUAUAGGAAAAACACGGCUGUCACGUUGCGUGUCCUCUACACGGUGCAUGACUUUGAAAGCCCGGCCCGGCCCGUCUUCAUGAACCCAGAAUACAUACGGAACCUGGCCCGGUUCUGGGUGACCAGGGGCCUGAAGAAGCGCCUCAGCACCGGGAUGAUGAUGGCCAGCCUGGCACUGGAGCUGUGUGAUGAAGUGCAUCUCUACGGCUUCUGGCCCUACCCCCAGCACCCACGAGACUGCCGGCCCCUCACCAACCACUACUAUGAUGACGUGAAGGCGAAAAGCAUACACGCCAUGCCUGUUGAGUUUAACCGCCUCCUGCAGCUCCAUAGCCUGGGUGUGAUCAGGCUUCAUCUGGAGGAUUGUUCACCAAGACCCAAACAGACUCAUCUCUCAUUCCUUCUGCAGUUGCGGUGAACAUCAGACAUGUGAAUCCAGAGCUUAACUAUUACUUUUGCUUCAAUUUGAAGGCUGUAGAUGUUAAUAUCUUAUUCAGGAAUCAAAGUUGACUUUCUUGCACAGACACAGUCUAUUUUCUUUGCUAGUCACUCAACUGAAGCAUUGAGAUAUUCUAGUAGGGAAAAUAACCUCUGGUUGUGAAAGACCAACAGGCUGCUAAAACAUUCUGGGCACACUAACCAUACCAGUUCAAUGGGAUGUCUGAAACUAAACUAUUGUCCCUACUGUGCAAUCAGCAAUAGCCCACACCUGUCCCUCGUCUAGCCUUGUUAACUGUGUAUAUAUGUCUCUGCCUUUGCUCAGGUGUUCUGUCAGUCACUAUAGACUGUGCUAUAGAUGCAAAUUUGUUUGUUGUUAGUAGUUUCUCACUGUAUACCCUGUUUGUAGCUCAUGUAUUUCUUUAUGUGUUAGCGCUUUAGAUUUGUUUAUCUACCUACCUUCAUUUAGACCCUUCAUGGUCCAUUUCUCCUGUUUUUUUUUCCUGAGCUCCGUUUGUAAUAAACUUCCUUCA